AUGUCGGACACGUUGUCCCACUCUAUUACCCAUGCCCGUAUGUCCACCCAGCGGACCUCUACCCAUAUUUCUCCUGACCCCCCAGAGAAUAAACCGGUUACUACUGGUGGGCGCAAAGCGGCCAAAAAAUCCCGUCACCUAGACGAAGACGCCUCCAAAACAGUACUAUCAGACCGGGAACGUCCAGUCACAGUUGAUGUGGUUGCACAACAACAGAGAACCACCCACCGGGCAAAAUCCCUAAUCAAAUAAUCAAUUCUGAAACAGAACAGGAGGAGGCACUGAGCGAGUCCGAUGACGAGGACUCUUACAAUUCUGGAAUAUUUUUUUCCUGAUCACCGUUCUCUAUCAGUGUCUGGGACUCAACUUAAAGUCGGUGGGGAGGAUUCCACCCUCCUCGACCCGGAGUGGUACCCAUUGGAUCAUGUGGCAAAGUAUAUCAGGAAGCCAUUUGAUAAAGUGGAAUAAACUUCAGGCUGAAUGCCCGUGUCCCACGAUUCCUGAUUUGGCAUGCAUCACCCCAGACGUAGAUCCAGAAAUCGUCCAAUUUCUGGCAAAACAGGGUGGAAGGCCUAGAUUUUUC